UCAAUUUGACCCCCAAAUUUCACAAAUUAUUCAAUUUUGACUCAAAACUCAAUUUUGAGGACAAUGUCGCCCGUCGUCGCUGUUGAGCGUUGGUCUCCGACGUUAACUUCUUCUUUUUUUCUCCUGUUUUUUCCGCCGGUUUCCGACGUUGACCAAAGAAAUGUACCCCUUUAACCUAGAAUAAUAAAGAUGGUUGGUCAGAGACUUAUGCAUAAAAAUACAAUUAGAUAUGGGAUCUAAUAAAAUGACUUUAUUGAGGGACCAAAAGUGAUCUAAAACAAAUAUGGGGACUAAAAUUAAUAUAGUGAAAUAGUAUCGUGUAAAAAGCGUAAAAACCUAAUAGGUCACGAGAAGAAUCCACGAACCGACCCUACAGGUGAGAGUAUAAAACAGAAACAAAUAGGGCUUCGACUUUGUGUGGGCGAAAAGAGAGAUUGCUACGGAGAUCAUCGGAGAGAGAGAGAUUGGUACUGAGAUGGGAAAGAGAGAGAUUGGUACGGAGAUCGGAGAGAGAGACGGUGAUUAUGACUCAGACGAUGAUAUGGGAGGUGGCACACUCUAUUAUGAUCGAGACAACCCCGGAUCUGGUGAGCCCAACGGCCUCCAAUAUUUCCAAUCUAUGGUCAACCUAGCAAUUGAUUUCUAUAACAAAGAUAAGGCGGAAAAAGAAAAAUACAGUGUGGUGGAGUUGAUAAAAUUAUUUGGAGUUGCCGGUGCCGGUGACUAUUUGUCUUUGGACUUUACCGCCAAGCUUGAAGAUUCCGACCCCAUACCUUUCUAUGCAUCCAUCUUGGACGGAAUCCAUGGAAUUGAUAUAGAAUAUGUUGGUACCGAUGCUCAAUCUGCUAUUUGACAUGCCGAUAUAUGUCUCAUCGAUCACCUUAGGUACUUCUAAUUUGUAGGUAUAAGCAGAUUCCGUAUAACCCUAACGGAAGUUGGUGUCGCGUUUUGCAUAUCUAAUAUAUAUAUAUAUAUAUAUAUAUAUAUACCCUCAAAAUAUUACAUUUGAGCUAUGAUUAUUCAUUACGAAUUUCCCUCA